AUGCAGUACAUCGCUACCACUCUCGCUCUGUUCGCGGCAGCGUAUGUCUGCCAAGUGUGAUCCAAGGCCAAGUUGCUUGGUGCUGACUGCUCAUAGUAACGCCGUUGCCUUGCCCGCGGAACAAGCUGAUCAGGGAAAGCAAUCCACUGCUGAUUCUGGCCUUUCUAUUUGCUUCAGUAAUACAAAUGAAUACUGUCCAGAUCCAAACCCACCACCAGGCCCACCAGUACCACGACCACGACCACGACCACAACCACAACCACAAUUCCCACAAUUCCCACAAUUCCCACAACCAGCGGAUGGCGAUCAGAAUGGUCCGUACCGGUCUCAAUGCCAGUGCACGCUGUAUGGCCAGCCGGUACCUGGGACGCUCUCUUCAAGCGCUUGCAACGACCUGAAUAUGCAUUAUCCCAACUUGCAGUUCAACAGUGCCACGCAGUCGGUGAGUACUUUCUUAGAUUGGAGUAUCAUUUGCAGUCUUGCUGACAAGUCUUCACCUAGUGCUACGAUGCGAACCAACGUGGUCUUGAGCAGAAUGGUUUCGCAGCUGCUUGCUCGCGUCAGGGAUCGCAGUACGGGAGUGCGGUUAGCGGUGUUUGCUACUAG